AUGGCUUCAAAAUCACACCAUUAUCCUUUGGUCAAGCUACCACACCCUUAUCUGACCGCAUAUCGUGUGAAUACCGCCGCUGGAUCGACGCCGGCGAAGCGCAACUUGACACUCGAUGGGCAGCCCGCAAAGAGCCGGCCUUUGCCUGAACAGCUACACUCAGAUUCGCUUUCUUGGCAUGACUUGACUUCCAUUCCCAAAGCCGAGCAGCCACCUAUCUCAGAUAACUCUCCCUGGGGUCGCGCGCGUCGCAGUCCCCAGACUGUCUUCCAAUGGUCAGGGAAUAGCGCUCCUUCUUUGGGCCAAAUUUGGAACGUGAUUCAUGCCAUUUACCUUGGCCACCCAACAAUUGAGUAUUUCAGACUAACUCUGUCCGGCGCAGGGCAGGAAAUCAUUCACAAUGAGCUUCUUACCACCGGAUUGGCAAUCAACCACCCGAGGAAUCUGCGGGAUAGAGAAAAUACGGCUCUGCAAUUCGAUGAGUUGCUGAUCCUCCGAAGUGCCUUCUGGCAAGGUGCUGCUUCUCCACUGGGCCCUCGUCCCAUCUGGGUGGUGGGAGAUGGCACAGAUGGCUCCAUGCGGAAGCCAUUGUCUCAGUAUUCCAUCAUGCCGGAGAACUACCAAAUGACAAACAAGUUCCCCGAGGAGCUGAUUUAUACCCGCCACCCGACUCGCCGCCCCAAGCCAUCUCCCGGAUCCAUUGCCUACAGUCGCUACAUCCCAGAGAUCAACGAGCAUUUCUCACUUGAAGUCGUCGACUGGGAAAGUGCGGAGCAUGUCCAAAUUUUUAACAAAUGGCAAAAUGAUCCACGUGUUGCCGCUGGCUGGAAUGAGACUGGUACUAUCGAACAACACACCGAAUAUCUGCGAAAAUUGCACUUCGAUCCCCACGUGCUGUGCUUGUUCGGACGCUUUGAUGAUACCCGCUUUUCGUACUAUGAGUUAUACUGGUCAAAGGUAAAAUGCCCAACUCAUUUGUUCUCUAGCCUGACAUUGACGCUAACACGUUGUCUAAAGGAGGAUCACUACGGCGCUCACUAUGAUGCUGGAGAUUAUGAUCGUGGCCGUCACUCUCUCGUCGGCGAUGCCAGCUUCCGAGGUGCACACCGUGUAAAUGCCUGGUACUCGAGCUGCAUCCACUAUGUCUUCUUGGAUGAUCCCCGGACCGCUAAUGCCGUCGGCGAGCCCAAGGCCACCGGAGCGACUAUCUUGUCUUACGAGAACGCGCAGGGACUCACAAUUGGCAAAUACGUCGAUCUCGGACAUAAGAGAUCGGUGCACUCGAUUUGCAGUCGUGAAAAGUGGUUCCAAUUGUGUCCUCUAUUCUGGGAUGGGCGCGAGCGACCUUUAGAAUCUGCUGAUCGGGCCGCGUGGAAUGCCAAACUGUAA